AUGUCAAGUAAUCUUAAUCAUAAUAAUGAUGACUGGAUUUAUCAUCAAAAUAAUGAAUCUUUAUUACAAGAACCAGUACCAUUUGAAGAUUUCAAGUUUAGUUUCAAUAAUGAUUUGUUUUCUACUGCCUCUUUUGUUAGCCCGUAUUUAUUUCAACAAGACCUUAAUACAACUACAGUUUUAAAUGAAAAUGAUCAAAAGACGUUUUCAAACUUUCUAGAUACUUUCUUUGUGGAGGAAGAAAUGGAAGAAAAAAGACGUAAUUCGAUAUUAAAAAGCUUGGAUGAACAAAAAAAGUUAAGAGUUAAACAGGCAACUGAUCUUGUGACUCAAAAUAGUGUAACUAAUAAAAUAUACCUAAGAAAGAGUACGGAUACUAUUAUGCCAACUAUAAAUAAAAAACGUAAUCAUUAUCAAGAAGAAGAAGCAGAAACAGAAACAGAACAAUUAUCCAUUGUAAAACCUAAAAGAGCAAAAGCACAUAAAGAGUUAUUAACAGAGGAAGAAAAGAGAGCCAAUCAUAUUGCAUCUGAACAAAAACGACGAAGCAUCAUUCGUCAUGGUUUCAAUGAGUUAACUGAAUUGGUUCCUACUUUAAAGAACAUAAAUAAUUCAAAAAGUACAGUUUUAUUUAAAGCAGCUGAAUUUAUAAGUCAUUUAGAAAGGAGAAACAAAUCUUUAAGAGAAAAGAUAAGAACUCUAGAAUUAAGAGUUAAAGUAGAACAAAACAGUAACGUCCAUUUACCAGCCAUUAAAACAACAACAAUAUCAAAUCAUCAUCACCAUCAUCAUCAUCAUCAUUAUCAGCAGCAACAACAACAACAAAAGAUGUCAUCACCAAAACAAUCAGCAUUAAAUUCUUUAGAAGCUAAUGCAAGAAAUGCAUUAUUAGCACAUAAAUCACAACAAAAACAAUUAUUGUUACUACAGGAACAAUUACAAUUACAUCAACGUUUGCUUGUUCCAAAGAACAAGCUACCACCUAUUCACAUUGCCAAUAAGCAAUCUGAACAAGAUCUAUUAUCUAUGACUGAUAAAUAA